AUGGCGGCGGUGUCUCAUUCGUCAGAGGAGGUCGUGGUGAGUCUGGUUGGUGGAGAGGAUGCUGUCCACGAUUCGUUUUUCUAUUUUUGUGGCCGACUUCUGUCCAAGAAGGCGGUGGUGCUUCCGUUGUUCUCGGCGGCGAUCUCCAAUAUUUGGGGAGUGAAGGAGAGAGUUUUGAUCCGGCAGGAGGAGGAGGACAUCUUUGUCUUCCAAUUUAAGGAGAUGGAGGUGACGAAUCGAGUACUCUCUGGGGGUCCUUGGUUCUAUAACAACUCCAUGUUGUUGUUGGCAGACUAUGACGGAAUCUCUGCCCUCGAUACUGCGCCGCUGCAUCUCCUUGAGGUGUGGGUGGCAAUGAAAGGGUUACGGAUUGCGAUGCGAAAUGAGAAAGCUCUUACCAUAAUCGGACGGGCUUUGGGGGACUUCGUGCAGGUUGACCAAGGAGCAGUGUUGAGAAAGGAUCUUGUCCAGAGGAUCCGUGUGAUACAAGAUGUCCGCCGGAGGAUUUGGCCGCGACGGAUGUUUGAGUUUUCACCGAUUGUUUCUGUGACGGUGGAGCUGCAAUAUGAGAAAUGCCAUGGGCUGUGUGCAGCUUGUGGUUUCUUCGGCCAUAGGGGUGGUUCUUGUGAUAGGAGGCUGGCGGAGGAGGCGUCCUUGUUGGCGGUGCCGGGCCGAGGUGACUUGAGCCUUGGUCUGGACUCUGCACCCUGA